AGGGAUGUCAUCUCGCGACUAGACUUUGUAGUGGUGAAAUUCGUAACCGUCUUGAUUUAGGAUAUUUCCGUUUUAUUUUUUUUUUUAUUUUUUUACAAGGAAUUGCUUUAUCUUAUUAUUCGUUUAGAUUAUUAUAAAAAAUCGCCAGGAUGGGCUGCGCCGGUUUCACCUGCUCCAAGCACUCCCUCUGUGCGCUCAAUAUCCUCUAUGUUGUGAGUAUGCGGUUCAAGAAUUUACCAUAUGGAGCAUUAUUAUGCUACUGUAACAGGUUUUGGUUGUUGGGUCGGGUAGACUGACUAUAUGCUGCUUUUUAUGCGGUCUGUACGGGUGUGUAAGAAACAUUUUUGCCAUGCAGCCUGUUGUAAACAAUACAUUGGGUCAGACCAGACUCUGCUGCUAUUAAUUAUUCAAACUGAACCGUUGUCUGGAAUAAGAUCUGCGUCUCCAGUUUGACAAAGGCAACCUCGACACGUCAAAAUAUUAUAAUUUAUAUUCAGUAUUUAGGUUACUGAAUAUUUAGAAUAGCCUAUAUUCUUUCCUCUUCAUUUCCUAUCUCUUUUCCUCCUGUCUUUGUUCAAGUGAUAGUUACACCAUAGGGUGUGUGUCUGUAGACUCCAAAUCGUUCCUGUCCAAAUCCUCAACAUAGGGCCUCAGAUGUCCACUGCACAACCCAAUGUUUUACAGUCUGGGAAAUACAGGAGUGAUGGUGGCAUCAAAACAGACCACAGUGGUGACCUAGAUUUAAGCUGAAUAUACAUUUGCAGGAGAUAAAUGCUGUCAUGACAGGAGAUUAUGUUCCACUUUUGACUGUCGCUUCUUCUACCUCUAAAAGCAUGUAGUCUGAGGUGAAUCUGGUGUGCUCUUGACCGUUUGUACCAUUGCAAUUACACUACCAGUCAAAAGUUUGGACACACCUACUCAUUCAAGGGUUUUUUAAUUUUUUACUAUUUUCUACAUUGUAAAGAAUAAUAGUGGAAGACAUCAAAAACGAUGAAAAAUAACCAUAUGGCAACAUCGCAUCUCUAACCCAAAAGUGUCACCUGUAAACAAAUCAACAUAUCUUUAUAUUUGUGGAAUUCUUUCAAUAGCGCCAACCCUUUUGCCUACAAAAAUGCCUAAAGACAGCUUUGCACACUCAAUGAAACGCAUUCAUCUCAAUAACCAGCUUCACUUGAGGUAGUCACCAUAAGCCUAAUGCUUCUAAAUGAACAGGUGUGCCCUCUGUGAAAAAGUUAAUUUGUGGAAUUUCUUUCCUUCUUAAUGCAAGCACACAUCUCAACAUCAACUGUUCAGGGGAGACUGCGUGAAUCAGGCCUUCAUGGUUGAAUUGCUGCAAAGAAACCACUACUAAAGGACACCAAUAAUAAGAAGAGACUUGCUUGGGCCAAGAACACGAGCAAUGGACAUUAGACCGGUGGAAAUCUGUCUUUUGGUCUGAUGAGUCCAAAUGUGAGAUUUUUGGUUCCAACCGCCGUGUCUUUGUGAGACGCAGAAUAGGUGAACGGAUGAUCUCCGCAUGUGUGGUUCCCACCGUGAAGCAUGGAGGAGGUGUGAUGGUGUGGGGGUGCUUUGCUGGUGACACUGUCUGUGAUUUAUUUAGAAUUCAAGGCACACUUUACCAGCAUGGCUACCACAGCAUUCUGCAGCGAUAAGCCUUCCCAUCUGGUGUGGGCUUAGUGGGACUAUCAUUUGUUUUUCAACAGGACAAUGACCCAACACACCUCCAGGCUGUGUAAGGACUAUUUGACCAAGAAAGAGAGUGAUGGAGCGCUGCAUCAGAUGACCUGGCCUCCACAAUCACCCGACCUCAACCCAAUCAAGAUGGUUUGGGAUCAGUUGGAUCGCAGAGUGAAGGAAAAGCAGCCAACAAGUACUCAGCAUAUAUGGGAACUCCUUCAAGACUGUUGGAAAAGCAUUCCAGGUGAAGCUGGUUGAGAGAAUGCCAAGAGUGUGCAAAGCUGUCAUAAUAAUAAUAUGCCAUUUAGCAGACGGUUUUAUCCAAAGCGACUUACAGUCAUGUGUGCAUACAUUUUUACGUAUGGGUGGUCCCGGGGAUCGACCCCACUACCCUGGCGUUACAAGCGCCAUGCUCUACCAAUUGAGCUACAGAGGACCACAACGGUAGCUUAAUUUGUGUUAAUUUGUUGAACACUUUUUUGGUUACUACAUGAUUCCAUAUGUGUUAUUUCAUAGUUUUGAUGUCUUCACUAUUAUUCUACAAUGUAGAAAAUAGUUUUAAAAAAUAAAGAAAACCCCUUGCUUGAGCCUAUCUGAUAUGGUGUUGUCUCUCUCUUCUUCACUCUCUCCCUCUCUCUUCCUCCCUUCCCUCUCUCUCUCCCCUUCCUACCUCUCCUCUCCUCUCUCCCUAUCUGCUCGCUUCUCCUCUCUCUCUCUCCUCUCUCGUCCUCUCUCUCUCCUCCUCUCCUCUAUUCUCUCCCUCCCUCCUACCGCCUCUCCUCUCUCUCUCUCGCUCUCUCUCCUUCUCUCUCUCUCCUCUCUCUAUCUCUCUCCUCUCUCUCCUCUCUCUCUCUCUCUCUCUCUCUCUCUCUCUCUCUCUUCUCUCUCCCUCUCUCUCUCUCUCUCUCUCACACACCACACACACAGACCAUGUUGUACUCUCGAGUACUUUCUGAGAUAAUGAGAAGGCGAUAACAUGUCAGAUCUGAUAUUCCUAUUUGACUGUGGGGAGAGUUCAUACAGUUCAUACUUCAUACAAUGACCCAAAGAGAACUAUUGCUUAGGGUCUUGUCUGUCUGCGUCUGUGCCUGCCUAUCUAUUUAUUUAUGUCCGUCUAUCCGUCCCUCCAUUUCUAGAUGGUGAGUCUGCUGAUGAUCGGCAUCGCUGCAUGGGGGAAGUGGUUCGGCCUGGUGUCCAGCUUCCAGGUGGUGGGCGGAGUCAUCGGAGUGGGGGUGUUCCUGUUCUUCGUGGCAUUGGUCGGCCUCAUCGGGGCCAUGAAGCACCACCAGGUCCUACUCUUCUUCGUAUCCCAACCUUCCACUAAGGCAGACUUGACCUGACCCGACACCCAAGUACAUUUGGGGUCUAGAAUUUGAAUUAUGGCUUGAGUACAGGUUUGGGGUUGGGUUUCAAGUCCAGUAGAUUGCGGCCUUGGGUAGGCUACAUGUUAAAUUCAAGAGAACUGAAGUUUCAAAUAAGCUUUUCAAAUAGCUUCAGCAGAUCGCCAAAAGGGAUUGUCUGAAUGAGACAACCCUCUACACGUCGUCCUUUACCCUCACCCCAUUGUGCUUUAUUUCAAUAGGACUCAUAGCCCCUUGUUGUUUAUCCAUUACUUGUUUUCCAGGCUGUGCUGUUCUCUUACCCCUACCCUACUGUAUGUUGUGGGAAAAUCCCUGCUGAUUUUCCAUUCAGACCAGGGGCCGGAUUCACAAAACCUUCUUAAGAAGACAUUUCUUCUUAACUGCCAUUUUUCCUUAACUAUAGACUUAAGAAGCAAAGUUGCUAUUCCUCAAAAAGGUUCUUGGAAAUUUGAUUGCGCUAUUUCUUAUGUUUCUCCUUAAGCAAAAAGUUAAGAAGAAAUUAGAUUCUUGAAAAUAAAGUUAUUGGAAAUGUUCUUAAUUCCAAGAUAGCUAAACCCUUGUCUUAAACUCAGGGCAUUGAGAGAAAAAGCUCAUGAAAGCAAUUUACCAUGUUUAAUUCACUCACAAACUUAAUCUGAAAGUUUCAGUAUUGAUUAUUUUAAACCCAAGAACAUGUUUUAGAACCGCAAUCUCAGUUAAGAAAUAUGCUAACAUGAUUGCCAUUGCUAGCUAGAUAGCUAGCUAAAUUGAUUUCCUAGCAACAAACCUCUUAAGAAGAUUCAUAAGAAGAUAUUUGAGAAGUUCAUAAGAAAAUCAUUCAAUCUUAAGAUAUUGUUGAGGAAUUGCACUUCUUAUGAACUUCUUUUUUUUCUUCUUUAGAAUCUUCUUAAUUUUUUGUGUAAGAGGUUUUUGUGAAUCUGGGCCCAGGUCCAGUAUGGCAUUACACAUUGUAGUCAGCCUGCAUAGAUACUCCUGACCCCUGCUUCUGGCUUUCAGUCAUUAUUACAGGAUUAUUAUUACAUUACAUUAUUACAGUAUUACACAGUCAUUAUUAGGGUCUUUCGCUCUAGAAUAUUCCAUGUUACUGAUACAGAAGGUUAGAGAAAUAAAAUAGUUAGAACCCAUUGACUGUUGAAAAUAAGUAACCUCUGCCUUCGGAAGUGUGAGGAACUGGGUUCAAAACUACAAAAGCUCUGUGUUGAGAAUGUGUGUAUUGGAGUGUUAUUCCUUGACAGUGGACCCCAGUAUAUGAUCAUCCUCUUCAUGGUGUUCAUCGUCCAGUUCUCUGUCUCCAGCGCCUGUCUGGCCAUCAACAAGGAUCAGCAGGUAGGAACACAAACUACUGUCAAUCACAACAACCUUCUGCUAGUUGCUAGAGGAACAAAAAACAACUUUUCAGACAAAUCACAGAAACCUUGUAAUUAAAUCACUAGAUAGAUAAAAGACAACCUGUACUCAUUAAUCAUGAUACAGUAUGUCUGUAAGGAUGUGAGCUGCAUUUUGUGGUGAAAUCACAGAGCUAGGGACCUCCCGUGUCUCUUCUCAGGCUUCUUAGUGUUCUGCACUGCGGUGUGUUCCGGUUCCAUGCAGUAUUGAGUAUAUUUUUAGAAGAUAAAUCACUAUUUUAUUCAGACUGUCCUCCAUCUGGGUCUAGAACAGCUGACUACCUUAGAGAUGUCUGGUCCUGAGCAUACAGGUAUUGUAAUGCAUCUAUAUCUGUGUAUGAGUGUAUCUAUGGUGGUCCGUGCCUGCUGUUAUACCCCUGUUUUAGGAACACCUGUUGGAGGUGGGAUGGAACAACUCUCACACCACCCAGAGAGAUGUGGAGAAGAGUCUCAACUGCUGUGGCUUCUACCACGUAGACAACAACGGAACCUGCGACGCUGUAAGCAUUAACAAAUGAACCCUCUGUUGCACUGAAUCUGAAUCUACUGUCUGUUGUCUUUGACCGCUCUAGCUCAUGUCCCAAGCUCUGUUUGUGCAUGCCAAGAUAUCUAAUUACAACGAAAUAACAAGUUUUUACACAUACAGUACAUCUGUGUUUCAAUGGCUCGGAUAUUAACAUUUCGUUUUUGGAUUUUUUAAAAUGUAUUUAUUUUCAUUUAUUUCACCUUUAUUUAACCAGGUAAGCCAGUUGAGAACAAGUUCUCAUUUACAACUGCGACCUGGCCAAGAUAAAGCAAAGCAGUGCGAUAAAAACAACAACAACACAGAGUUACAUAUGGAAUAAACAAAACGUACAGUCAAAAACACAAUAGAAAAUCUAUAUACAGUGUGUGCAAAUGUAGAAAUUUAUGGAGGUAAGGCAAUAAAUAGGCCAUAGUGCAAAAAUAAUUACAAUUUAGUAUUAACACUGGAGUGAUAGAUAUGCAGAAGAUGAUGUGCAAAUAGAGAUACUGGGGUGCAAAUGAGCAAAAUAAAUAACAAUAUGGGGAUGAGGUAGUUGGGUGGGCUAAUUACAGAUGGGCUGUGUACAGGUGCAGUGAUCAGUAAGCUGCUCUGACAACUGAUGCUUAAAAUUAGUGAGGGAGAUAAGUGUCUCCAGCUUCAGAGAUUUUUGCAGUUCGUUCCAGUCAUUGGCAGCAGAGAACUGGAAGGAAUGGCGGCCAAAGGAGGUGUUGGCUUUGUUUCUGAUGAUAUUAGCUGCUGUAUAUUCAGUAUUGUGGUUGUGAAGCAGUUUUCCUGACUAACUGGUCCAUCUGUGUCCCUCUACAGGCCUGUUUCCCCAACCACUCCUGUUCACCGUGUGCUGAGCAAAUCCAGGAGCAUGCAGGAGAGGUGCUGCGUUUCGUGGGCGGGAUAGGCCUUUUCUUCAGCUUCACUGAGGUGAGAUCGCCCUUUAUAUACAGUCAGGGGAAUGUUCUGCUGUAUCAAUCAAGCAAUCAAUCAAUUGAACUUAUAUAGUGUUUUAAAAUAGUGAUUUUAUUUUACAGUAAACUGGCCUAUUUUGAGGUGCAGUUUAUGAAAUCUAAUAGGUUAUGAAAAUGUAGCUAUAUACAGUAUGUGAUCUAUUUGUAGGUCAGCAGCAUAAAACUGGGCCCAGUAAUGUUUGUUAUUUUGACCCAUUAAUGUUUUAUUCGUCCUUUUUCAGUUCCUGGGGGUGUGGCUAACGUACCGGUACAGGAACCAGAAGGACCCUCGAGCCAAUCCCAGUGCCUUCCUGUAACCGUUGGCAACUGCUGGCUUUGUGCCCCACUCUUGGAGUGGCCAACUUUCCUCCUGGAGAGCUACUGGGUGUGCAGGCUUUUGCUCCAGCCCUACUCUAACUGUAACACUAACACAGCUGAUUCUAAACAAAUGAGCUGCUCAUCGGGACCUUGUUCAGCUGAAUCAGUUGUGUUAGUUAAAGCAGGGCCAGAGUAAAAGCCUGCACACCAAGUAGCUCUCCAGGUGGAGGAGGGUUAGCUGCCUGUUUUAGUGGCUGUGUUUGUAAAUAAGCGAGUGACUUGUGUGUGUUUUCACCAGCUGAGCGAAGCGGCAGCCCUUUGUGUGGUGUUACAUGAAGUGAUUGUUUUUCCAGAGUGAGGUGUGUGUCUGUAAAAGAACUGGGUCAUGUUCAUUAGGCACCAAACAGAAGAAAACUGACCUUCACUUGUCGAAUAAGAAACGCUCCUUUACACUUUCCACUGCAAAAUGUUUUCCGUUGUGUGCCCUAAUGAACACGACCCUGCUGUAUAUUAAAGAUGCUGCAUGAGCCUAUUACACUAAUAGGAUACCUUAG